AAAAAACCAUUUACCAAUUACCAGUUGUCGGUACUAGUGCAGUUGAACGGCCCAUAUCAAGUGGGACCCACUAUUGCCACGGCACGGUCAAACACUUGCACUCUGUUAGUUUGUUAGUAGGCCUCUCUCUGCUUGAUGGAGUCAACAUCCGUUCCCUCUCGCCAAAUCUCGGCCCCAAAUCAUGAUUCAGGGGACAUACCCGUCAUUUACCAAACAGAAACGGCUGAAACUUUAAAAUAACCGGGAAAAGGGAAACCCGAUUUGUCGGUGCAGAAAAUAACCAGCUACCACAUUACUAACAAGAAAGAAUCAGAUUCUCCGCCAUCGGGCUUUCUCCCUUCCGGGUUGGCUCAGAUCCGACUCCAAAACUAAUAAACUAUUCCUUAAUUAGGAUUUUUAGUUUCUAAAACAAGCAUUUACCCGCUACUUUUUUCUUUCUUUUGUAAAUUAACAAAAGUUUGCAGAGCUGCAUCUCUAAACCACAGAUUUCCAAAUUUUUGAAUCGAUUUCUCCUCAUAAAUCUCUAUCGCAUUGCUAAAUGCAAGCGAUUAGACAUUGUAUUCAAUCUCGGAGAAGUUAUUUAAAUUUUCUUGGGAGUUUAUAAUCACAUUAUCGUGAUAGAUCUAGACCUUAUAGAUUGUUCUUGAUAUAUAAGGCUCGCAUUUUCCGAAAUGGGGGAGAAGUCGAGGUCAAGAGGUUUCUGUGGUUGGUUCAUUGUGGCUGUAGUAUUAGCAGUAGUUGUGGUUGCGGUGGUUUACACAGUUAAAAAGAAAACUCAUAAUUCCGGCGAUGCUAGUCCUGUUCCAGGCCCUCCCGGCGCUGUGGAAAAGAAAUACGCGGAUGCUCUCAAUAUCGCGAUGCAAUUCUUCGACAUCCAAAAAUCUGGUAAGUUGGUGGAUAAUGGUAUAUCAUGGAGAGGUGACUCGGCUCUUGAUGAUGGAAAUGAAGCGAAAAGAGACCUAUCAAAAGGAAUGUAUGAUGCUGGAGAUCAUAUGAAGUUUGGUUUUCCAAUGGCUUUUACUGCAACAAUAUUGUCUUGGGCUAUUCUUGAGUAUGGUGAUCAAAUGGAUGCCGUUAAUCAGUUGGAACCUGCUCAAGAUUCGCUUAAGUGGAUCACUGAUUACCUCAUCAAUGCUCAUGCUUCAGAAAAUGUGCUUUACGUUCAGGUUGGUGAUCCCAAGGCUGACCAUGGUUGUUGGGACAGGCCUGAGGAUAUGACCGAGAAGAGGCCUCUUAUUCAGGUGAAUGAAACUUCUCCAGGAUCAGACGUUGCUGCUGAAACUGCGGCAGCUCUGGCUUCUUCAUCUCUGGUGUUUAAGAAAAGUGAUCCAGCUUAUUCAAGCACCCUUCUUAAGCAUGCUCGACAAUUGUUUAGUUUUGCUGAUAGGCAUAGAGGUUCUUACAGUGAGAGCAUCCCUGAAGUCCAGAACUUCUAUAAUUCAACUGGAUACGGGGAUGAGCUUCUAUGGGCGGCCACCUGGCUUUACCAUGCAACAAAUGAUAAAUCUUACCUCCAAUAUGUCACCGGAACAAAUGGAAAAUCCUAUGCAAAUUGGGGAAGUCCAACCUGGUUUAGUUGGGACAAUAAACUAGCAGGAACCCAGGUUCUACUGUCCAGAUUAACCUUCUUUGGUGAGAAAGACACCUCAAACUCAGGCCUUCAAAUGUAUAGGCAAACAGCUGAAGCUGUGAUGUGCGGGCUUUUGCCUGAUUCUCCAACAGCCACAAGCAGCAGAACUGAUGGUGGCCUUAUAUGGGUCAGUGAAUGGAAUGCUCUGCAACAUCCUGUUGCUUCUGCAUUCUUAGCUGCUCUUUAUAGUGACUACAUGCUUACUUCAAGGACUGCAAAGCUGUCUUGCGAUGGAACUUCAUUUAAACCAUCUGAUCUUCGGAAAUUUGCCAAAUCCCAGGCUGAUUAUGUCUUGGGCAAGAAUCCUAUGAAAAUGAGCUAUCUUGUCGGAUAUGGUGACAAGUACCCACAAUAUGUGCACCAUAGGGGAGCUUCAAUCCCAGCUGAUGCAACAACGGGCUGCAAGGAUGGCUGGAAAUGGCUUGAUGCAGAGGAACCCAAUCCCAAUGUUGCUUACGGUGCAUUUGUAGGUGGGCCCUUCUUAAACGAGUCAUAUGUUGAUUCUCGGAACAACUCAAUGCAAGGGGAACCAAGUACAUAUAACAGUGCAGUCAUUGUUGGCCUGCUAUCGAGCCUGGUCACCACGUCUUCAGCAGUUCAGUCCUUCGCCUAAAAUUGUCCGGAGUAUAUCUCUAGUUACAAUGUUGUUUGUACUAUAUGUAGCAGUAAGUGUUACUGGUUUCUAUGCAGAAUUUGCACCUUAAAUAGUUUUACUUUACACUGUAAUCCCCGUGUCUGAGUUUCUUGGUUCAGUUGCAUGUAGAAUCUUUUUUGCUUGUACCUAGUGGGAUGCCCUAAAAUACGAAUCCUUCUUUUUUCA